AUGAUCAUUAUGGACAGUUUUGCUUUGCCUGUAGAGGGCACUGAAACGCGGGUAAAUGCUCAGGCUGCUGCAUACGAGUACAUGGCUGCGUAUAUUGAAAAUGCCAAAAAGGUUGGCCGCCUUGAAAAUGCAAUUGGUUGGUAUCACAGCCACCCUGGCUACAGCUGCUGGCUCUCUGGGAUUGAUGUUAGUACCCAGAUGCUCAAUCAGCAGUUCCAGGAACCAUUUGUAGCAGUCGUAAUAGAUCCAACAAGAACAAUUUCUGCAGGGAAAGUAAAACUUGGUGCCUUUAGGACAUACCCAAAGGGCUAUAAACCACCUGAUGAAGGACCUUCUGAGUACCAGAGUGUCCCACUUAAUAAAAUAGAAGACUUUGGUGUACACUGCAAACAAUACUAUGCCUUGGAAGUUUCAUAUUUUAAAUCCUCUCUGGACCGCAAAUUGCUUGAACUUUUAUGGAAUAAAUACUGGAUGAACACAUUGAGUUCUUCUAGCUUGCUUACCAAUGCAGACUACACUACUGGUCAGGUCUUUGAUUUGUCUGAAAAAUUGGAGCGGUCAGAAGCCCAACUGGGGCGAGGCAGUUUCAUGCUGGGUUUGGAAACACAUGACCUAAAGUCAGAAGAUAAACUUGCCAAAGCUACAAGAGACAGCUGCAAAACUACCAUAGAAGCAAUUCAUGGAUUGAUGUCUCAGGUUAUUAAGGAUAAACUUUUUAAUCAAAUUAACAUCUCUUAAACAAUCACUGGGUAAUACUUUUGCCUGAAACCCAGUAGGAGAAAAAUUCUCAAGUAGAACUUUGAAACUGUUUACCAAAAACUGAUUAGAAGUAUAAGGUGCUUGUGAAUAUUAGCAACCUGUAAUAAAGUGCUUUGAAAUGAAAAAAAAAAA